AUGCCUCCGAAACGUCGAGGGACAGCGGCCUCAUUCGGAGGACCAAAAGAAAAGAAACCGCGACUUUCCAAGCUAGCAAAAGAAAACAAUAUAACUAGCGAAGAGGAGGCCGAGAUCAAAGAGGCCUUUCACCUCUUUGCGGUGUCUGAUAAUGACGAGUACCCGUCUGAGAAGGAAGGCGUUAUUGCGACUCGGGAUGUGCGUCGAGUACUAAUAGCCCUAGGCCUUGCGCCAAAAGACAAUACCGAGCUAAAAUCUAUAAUCUCCGCCGUUGAUCCGUCCGGUGAGGGUUACGUGAUAUAUGAGCAUUUCCUUUCUAUUGCAGCAUUGAAACUACACAACCGGACUGAAGACUCGAUAUCCGCGGAGGUUGAACAUGCGUAUGGUUUAUUCACCCAUGGCUCGGAGGGUCCUAUACUUAUCUCACAUUUGAGGGCGGUUGCGAAGAGUCUAAAGGAAGACGUGAGUGAAGAUUUGCUGAAGGACAUGAUACGUGAAGCAAAUGGCGGGGAAGGUAUACAGGCUGGCGUCAAUAUUGAGCAGUUUAAAGAUGUCAUGAGCAGAGCUGGCGUGUUUUGA